AUGAAGGGAGAUACCGCAGAGGAGUUGAGACGCAUCCACAACGCCGUUACUGCCACCGUCAACGGUCAGGAGAGCAUCGGGCGUCCAAUAAACUCCCACGGGAUGGACCUCUUCAACUUCCUGGUGACGGAGCUUUUUGAUGCACGCACACGUCUGGAGUGGGAGUCGUCCAUUUCAGACUCAUCAGAGCCAGCACAGAACGAGGCACUCGUUGACUUUAUCAGUCGGCGGAUCCUGACGCUCAAUGCCGCACGACCAAAGGGCGUCAGCAAACCGUCCGGAGAUGCUCCACGGAUCGCCAAGGCACACGUCACGAAACACCAAGGAUCUGAACCGCCGCACUGUGCACUGUGUCGCGAGAACCACACCUUGAUGGCCUGCCGAGACUUCAAGGCCAAGACAGUCAACGAGCGUAAGGCGUUCAUAGAGACAAGCAAGCGCUGCUACAAUUGCUUAGGCAACCACUUUCUAUCUCGCUGCCAGUCGAAGAAGAACUGCCUCACAUGCGACGCACGACACCACACGAUGUUGCACGGAGCACCGACGUCUUCACUGUCAGCUGAGGCCACCACACGCGCCACCACACUGACCACGACUCUGCAACAUCAGGAUCACAAGGCCGUUCUUCUGGCAACAGCUCGAGUGAACAUCGCCGAUCGGUACGGGUCCCCACACGCCGUACGCGCUCUGAUCGACCAAUGCUCUGAGGUGUCGAUCAUUUCAGAGACCUUGGCACAACGCCUUCGCCUUCCUCGAGUUUCGACGGAUCUUUCGAUCUUCGGCAUCGGAGGGACCCGCUCAGGAUCCGCUCGAGGCAAAGUAACGCUGCACGUAACGUCAGACGUGACCAACGCCGAGCUCAGCGUGGUAGCCUUUGUGCUGCCUCGCAUAUCACUGCAGCAAGGAUCAGUCUCACGAGGAGAACGCAGCUGGCCUCAUCUCAAGGGACUCCAACUGGCCGAUCCUCGUUUUUUGGACGACGACCCAGCUGAGUUACUCUUAGGAGCCGAGGUCUAUUCCUUGAUCCUCGAGGAGGGCCUCCGCAAAGGAGAUUCAAGGAUGCCGAUCGCCCAGCAAACAAGCCUGGGGUGGAUCCUCUCUGGCGGAUACGACGCCGCAUCAGUCAACGGACAUCGCCGCACAUUCCGAUGCACCGCCGAUCAUGACCUCGCCGACCUCGUUCGCCGCUUUUGGGAGCAGGAGAGCGAGCCAAUAUCUCAGGCUCCACUCACUCCUGACGAAACCAAGUGCGAGGAGCUUUACGUGCGCACCGUCACACGCACGCCCACCGGAAGAUACAUGGUGAGACUGCCUCUUGCAUCACCGCCGACGACUCUUCAAGACACUCGCCGCCCUGCGGAGCACCUCCUGAAAGCCAUGGAGUCCAAGGGCAGCCGAGACCCUCGAUUUGGCGACCUCUAUCGCAGCUUCAUGCAGGAAUACGAGGACCUGCAACAUAUGAAGAGGGUAAAUAUCGCAACAACAGCUGAGAAGAUCAGAUGCUACUUACCGCAUCACGGGGUCCUGAAGGAGGCGAGCACGACGACGAAGCUCCGAGUCGUGUUCAACGGCUCUCAACGGACACGAACUGGGAACUCGCUGAAUUCGCAUCUGCUGACUGGGGCGAAUUUGCUGCCCGCUCUCACCGACGUGCUGCUGCGAUGGCGUUGGCACCGAUAUGUCUUCGUCACAGACAUCGAGAAGAUGUAUCGCCAAAUUCUCGUACAUCCUGAGGACUGCAGCCUUCAAACGAUACUGUGGCGUCAACACAAAACGAGCGAGAUCCAGGAGUACGAGCUGCUGACGGUGACCUACGGCAUGGCGUGUGCACCGUUCCUGGCCAUCCGAACGCUGCGGCAACUCUGUGCGGACGAAGGGGCGCAGUUUCCUCAAGGGGCCACAGCACUUCGGCGAGAUUGCUACGUCGACGACGUAGUCACCGGAGCGGACGACCUCGGCGAUGCCGUCAACCUCCAGACAGAGCUGCGCAAUCUCUGCAUGGCGGGCGGAUUUCCGCUGAGGAAGUGGGCUUCAAACAAUCCGGACGUCCUCAGCGGAGUCCCACAGGAGCACCGGCUGCAGCAAGGACCACAUUCCUGGGACGACGAGAGCCAUUCGACCUUGGGUCUGCGAUGGCAUCCUCAAGAAGACCGGUUUGCCUUCGCCAUACAUCCUCGUGUAGUCAGCGAGUUUACGAAGCGACGCGUCCUAGCAGAGACUGCACGGCUGUUUGACCCGAUGGGCUGGCUCGCACCUGUCGUGAUUCGGGCGAAGAUCCUGAUCCAGACCACCUGGCUUCAGCAACUCGACUGGGACACUCCACUACCUGCCAAGGACGUCAAACGUUGGCAACAGCUGCUGAACCAGCUACCUCUGCUCAGCAACAUACGGGUGAAUCGCUGGCUCAGCACCGACAGCGAUUACUCCACGUUGCAGAUCCACGGCUUCGCAGAUGCAUCAGAGCGAGGAUAUGCUGCCGCCGUUUACAUCCGCAACUCUGGAACGAAACAAACCACAAUCAAUUUAAUCAUGGGGAAAUCCAAAGUCGCGCCCGUCAAGCCAGUUUCGUUGCCUCGCCUUGAACUGUGCGCUGCUGUGCUACUCACCACGUUGACGUUGCAUAUCCGAAACACCCUCGGCUUGACAUCAACUCCAGUGCACCUGUGGUCCGAUUCCAAGGUCACUCUCCAUUGGAUCCAGGGACACGCCGCUCGCUGGAAAACGUUCGUCGCCAACCGGGUGGCUCACAUCCAGACUCAGCUCCCGGACGCUCAGUGGAGACACGUGGCCGGGAAGGACAAUCCUGCAGAUUGCGCAUCACGAGGAAUUAAUCCGGAAGAGCUAGUCAAUCACACGCUAUGGUGGACGGGACCUACCUGGUUGGCACUGGACGAGACAGCAUGGCCCAGCUCAGAGGUCCACAUCGCAGAGGAUGACCUUCCUGAACAGCGCACCACCAGCCUGAUGACCAAGGGCUCCGUCGUCGUCGAACCGGACAUCCUUCUUCGGUUCUCUGCGCUUCAUCGGCUGCUACGCGUUACGGCCUGGUGUCGUCGAUGGCUCAACGUGGCGAGCCGAGAGGUCACACUUGGUCGUCCGCUGCAUCCUGACGAGCUGGACGCCGCCCUACUUCAGUGGCUUCGAAUUGUGCAGGCACUCCACUUCCCGGACGAGAUAGCCGCUGCCACUGCGAGACGUCCCGGUCCACCACGCAGUUCACUGAUCAAACUCAGUCCAUUCCUCGACGACCAAGGUGUACUGCGCGUAGGAGGGCGCCUCAAACACGCUCUGCUGCCUUACGACGAGAAGCACCCGGUGAUCGUUCCGCCGGCCUCCUGGAUGACGCGACUGCUCAUCGAGUCCUGCCAUCGUCGGUCUCUACACGGCGGCGUCCAGAUGACUCUCGGCUUGCUUCGUCAUCGAUUCUGGGUGCCACGAGGAAGGACCGUCAUUAAGCAGCAACUUCAUCGGUGCGUCACUUGCACUCGCUGGCGAGCGGCCACUCCACAGCCUCCAAUGGGCAACCUUCCGCGUGACCGAGUGACGCCGACUCGGCCAUUCCUGAGCACUGGCCUGGACUACGCGGGACCCAUCUUCAUCCGGACCAGCAAGGGGCGCGGACACCGCUCACAGAGAGGAUACAUAGCUGUCUUCGUAUGCUUUUGGUCGAAGGCUAUCCACCUCGAAGUCGUCUCGGACUACAGUUCCGAGGCCUUCAUCGCCGCCUUACGUCGCUUCGUUUCCCGCAGAGGCCUGUGUACGGACGUGUACAGCGACUGCGGCACGACGUUCGUCGGCGCCGAUCGCACCCUGCGCGAGCUCUUCAAGGCGUCAUCUUCCGAGGGCCAUCACAUCGCUCGCGCCGCCAACAAUCAAGGGAUCCGCUGGCACUUUAAUCCGCCAGCGGCCCCUCACUUCGGUGGUCUGUGGGAGGCUGCCGUAAAAUCCACAAAGUUCCACCUCCGUCGAGUAAUCGGCGAAACCACCCUCACAUAUGAGGAGCUUAGCACACUCCUCACGCAAAUCGAGGCGUGUCUUAAUUCUCGUCCGUUGCAGGCUUUAUCAGACGAUCCGGACGACACUUCGGCGCUCACACCAGGCCACUUCCUCAUCGGGGCGCCACUAUUAGCCGUACCUGAGCCAUCGUCGACUGGUCAACCAGCAUCCACACUGUCACGCUGGCGUCAUCUCCAAUUGAUGCGAGACCAUUUUUGGCAGCGUUGGUCAGCGGAGUACGUGCACGGCCUCAACCCCCGCACCAAAUGGGUCAAGUCCGAGGCCGCACCUCACGUGGGGGACCUCUGUCUCAUUCGUUCGGAGCUCACCCCUCCGACCCGAUGGCCUCUCGCACGGAUCACGAGACUGCAUCCCGGGGACGACGGUAUCGUCCGCGUGGUUUCGGUCCGCACCGCCACAUCCGAAUUCGUGCGCCCGCUCGUUAAAUUAGUCAUGCUUCCGGGCGCGGAUCGUAUUCCUGGCAUGACUAACGCGGACACAUCGUCCGCCGGCACAUAAUUCAUCUCGCGACACUUUUCACCUCACGCACUGUAUCACUCAUCACAUCUCAUUUUUUACCUCAUUUUUAUCUCAUUACCGCACUUACAUUUCAUCCAUCACCGCACUUACAUUUGAUCCAUCACCGCACUGAUAAUUGUUCCAUCAUCUCACUGCACUACACAACACAUCAAACACACACUCGUUACUGUCUCAGCUGAUCAUCACAUUCCACGC